AUGGCUGAGUGUGACGGCAUCUUUGAUGUCUCAGCAGGUGUUAGGAUUGACACAGACCUCCGCCUUCGCCUUACUCUGCAAAAAACAAUCCAAGUCAUAGAAUCGUUUACCUUCGAUGCGACCUCAUGUGGAGAAACCAAGGAAUGUUUCAUAUACAAGGAUGGCCUGGCUUUCUCCUACCAUGUAGUCUCACCAAGCUUCAUUGACAUAGAAUUGAAGUCGCAGGCAAACGAUACAGAUCGAUUUGUUGCUGUCACAUUCGCUAACGAUGGCAGAACGCCAUCAAUCGAAUGUUCAGCUGUCAAUGGGCAGCCACCUACCCUCCAGGUUCCAGGUGUAGAUGACACUCUAGAAAAUCUACAAAAACCUGGGAUUUCCGCGUUUCGAGAGCUGUAUUUCACCAAUGUGACGGCAUCAUUGCAGAAUGACACUCUGUACUGUAGUGGACGGGUACUUGUUACAGCACAAAAUAAUCCAGAGUUCUUGACCUACAACCCAUCAAGGAACUAUGUGAUUACGCUCGAAUCUGGUAUCAUCAACGGAGCAAUCUUGAUGGUUCUUUCAUGGCUAUUUUUCGUUCCGACCGCUGUGCUGUUCGCUCGAUUUCUCAGGGAUUUCUGGUCUGGCACGAAACCGGGAGGCCUAUGCGUCUGGUACCACGCACAUCGUACUUGCAACUUCAUUGCAGUUGUUCUAAUGAUCGCUUCAUUCAUUUGCAUUAUGAUAUCCAAAGGCUGGACAUGGACUGGGCCAGGAUCUAAAAGUAAAUACUAUACAAAGGUUCACACAUUAACAGGACUAUUAGCUUUGAUACUGGCCUGGUUACAGCCAUUGAUCAGCCUUGUGAGAUGUUCUCCGAGUGAUCGCCGUCGACCACUGUUCAACUGGGUGCAUCGUCUGAUUGCAGUUGUCGCUUUUGCGCUAGCAACGACAGCCUUCGCUGUGGCGGCGUUGGAGUUCCGUAUAUGGCCCCAGCACAUGCUUCAGUUAGUACUUGUGCUUUCACCAGCCUUGCUUCUGAUUGCACUCACCGUAACGUUUUUCCUCGUGGAAAACGUCAUCGACUUUGAUGAGGCCAGUUACGCUUCGAUCCAGUCUAUCCGGUUUUCGAUAAUUUUCUGGACCAUCGGCAUCCUGUUGGGACUUUGUAUAUGGAUGACAGUGCUAUUGGCCAAUGGCUAUCCUAAUUGA